AUGAGUUCUAAGGGCCCCAUGCCAGCUCGGAAGAAGGGGACUGAAGGAAGGGGCCGCAAGGUGAAUGGGGACUCCCAUUCUGAUAUGGUGAAUGCACCGCGCUCUGUGAAAAGGAAUAGGAGGCCAAGAAGAAAUCAGCCGUCUCACUCCUCGAGGAAUUCGCCUGUUAUUGCCAAGGAGGUAGACCCGGCUCGGCGGCGCCGAAUGAUACUCCAGGAUGAAUCGGAAGAGGAGUUUGUUGUGCAUGAGCCCCCCAUGCAAGCUCAUCUGCUAGGCCCGCUGGGGAAGGGUGAUCUCGGGCCAACGAAAUCCCAAGACAUGCGCAGCACUCCUAGUGUGGAGAUUGCUGAACAGAAAGGCUAUGACUCCGAUCAGCCGAUCCCAGCCAAAAAAGCGGAUACUAAUAUCCCCCAACCCCCUCCCUCGACUGGUGGAGUCGACGCGUCAUAA